UAGACUGCAAUCCUAAGCCUACAGAAUUUUUUAAAUUGAAAUCAAUAGUAUCAACUUCCUCCUGCUGACUUGAAUGAAGGUGGGUGAUCUAUAUACACUAUAAACAGUUUAAAACAUCUAAUUUAACUGGACUAAACCCCAAAUAAGAGAACUUCCUCCUAGGGCCAAAGAGGUUGUUUAGGCAAGCUGUUGAUACCACAGUUGGGAGUGAGCAUUCCUUGUGUGCUGCUGUCCAAAACCAUAUCUGCUUUUCAAAAAGAAAAACGCACACUGAUGUGAUUCCCACUGACUUGUUUAGUGCUGAGUCUAGUUUGGCCCGAGUAGUACAAAGAAAGCUGUCAAAUGUAUGAAGUCUAAACUGGCUCCACAGUCAUUGUAUAAUGGCAGAAAGUCCAAGAUGCCAUAUUAUGAAAAAGUAUGUGGGGAAUUAAAACAUGUUAUCCAGUUGAUGCUGACACAAAACCCCACACAUACCCCCCCAAAAAUAAAAUAUAAAUUUCACCAUCACCCCUGCCCCCCACUUCUUCACCAACCUUAUACUGUACUCAACACUAAUGUCUCAUAACAAAUGUAACUGAUCUGUAGAAAAGACUUUACAACGUGAAAAAAGAGACAAUGCACGUACUUUUGUAAACCAAGAAAAUCUUUAAUAAGAAUUACUUUUUAAAGAAAAAAACGUGUAUGUCAAGUCUGAGGGGUGGUAGACAACACAUGAAUUUGUUAAAGGGACGAGGUAGAACCCUUCUUUGUUCAUUUUUCCAUCACUACUGUGUUGUUUUGUGUUUUGCUGUUAGUAUAUCUGAUCUAAAUGAUUUUUCUUUAAAAAUAGAUGAAGAUGAUACUUGAAAUUUUUUGACAAUAUUUACGCAGAAUGGGAUCCUAGUGGGUGUAAUAUUUUAAAAGAUAUAAAUUGUAAGAUUUUACUGAUGCCACGUAGUUUAAAGUCUUUUUACCAAACGAAACUGGUCAUUCAAAUGCCUGAGAAAUCUGUUGUUUUUCCUUUCUUGCUUGCAGCUCCUCCACAGCCUCCUGAAAUUAUUGUCUGCUUAUUUUAUUACAAAUUUGGCUCAACUCUUACUUGCGUCUGGACAUAUGAUAGGGACCCUGAAACAGUCUAUACUCUCACUAAACAGAUGUUAGAACCGAAUGAGGAAGAAAACUGCUCAAUGAAAAGGGCUUCAACAUUAGUAGGCGAUGAGAUACAAAGCUGCUCAACCCAAAAUGAUUCAUGUACAAUAUUCAAUCAACCAAUUUCUGCUCGGGAAUAUCGUGUCCAGGUGACAGCAAGAAAUAGCUUGGGGGAAGCAACGUCAGAGCCUGUUUGCAUAAUUUCUACAAAAAUUUUGAAGUCUGAUCCUCCUCAGAUAACCGAAAUAGAAACAGUUCCAAGGAUGAAGCAAACGCUAAGAGUUCAUUGGAUUAAACCUCGGUAUAUGCCUCGAAGUGCCGAGAACAAUACAAGGUGCCAAAUUCGUUAUAAAUCCAUAAAGGAAAAUGGCAUGAAAGAUUACUUCAUGGAAGAAGACAGCGCAACAAUUGAUCUCACUAAUCUGUGGGAUUGUACGAACUAUACUAUUGACAUUCGGUGCGCUCAUAAUGACUCGAAGUUUUGGAGUGAGUGGAGUGCAGAUAAAAUGGGAACAACAGAAGAACAAGCUCCCUUAAAAGUAGACUUGUGGCGAGUACUUGAAUCGCAUCAGCCCACUGGAAGAAGAACUGUGCACCUUUUGUGGAAGAAACAUGAAGAAUUCCCAUCUUCUGGAAGAAUAGAUAGCUACAGAAUAAAGUAUUUUACAAAAACCAAUCCUCCUUUUGAAAAAACUGUCCACGCUAAAAAUAAUUCCAGUAAUUUCGGAUUGACAGGGGAAGCCUAUUCGAUCAGUGUUGUUGCUCAUAAUAUAGCUGGAGAUUCUCCUGAGGCUGUUUUGAAAAUUCCAUCAAUACAUGAAGAAAGCAUGAAUCUCCAAAGGAUUCUUAGCUUGAAUACUUCUGCUUUAAAGGAGCACUUGUUUUUGGAAUGGGAAACUUCAGAGUUAGAAAUAAAUGAAUACAUUAUAGAAUGGUAUAAUGAAUUGGAGACAGAUCCAUACAACAGAUCUUGGGAAUACAUAACAAAUGUCACAAACUGGACAUUUCCAAAAGGAACCUUCAAUCCCUAUAUAUGUUACAACAUUUCAGUGUAUCCCUUACAUAAAGGUGAAGUAAAAGUGCCGAGUUCCACCAGAACCUACUUUCAAGAAGGAAGCCCAAUCCGAGGUCCUACUGCUGUGGUGAAAUAUUUUGAUAAAAGUGAAGCUGCCAUAAUGUGGGAGGAAAUUGAAAAAGCAGACAGACGUGGUGAUAUUAUUAACUACACUAUAUUUUACAAAGCUGAUGGUGGAAAAGAAUUGGGAGAAACAGUGAGUGCUGAUGUGCUAGAAUACCACCUUAAAUCCUUGCAAGCUAACACCAAGUACACAGUUCAUGUUAUGGCAAGCACCGUGGCUGGAGGAACCAAUGGAACAGAGCUAGAUUUCAUCACCCAUAAACUUAGUGAGACAGAUAUUAUUCUUCUGUUUGUCAUUGUUGGAUUUUUCAUGCUAUGCUUAACAACUGUUGGGUUAUUGUGGGCUCUGAAAAGAUGCACGUUGAAAAAGAUUUGCUGGCCUGAAAUCCCACAUCCGGUACUACCAAGUUUUCCCAAUGGAUUUCAGGAGAAGACAAUGUUGAGAAACUCACCCUCUGAGAAUGAGACACUCAGUGUUUUGAGGGUAGAUCCUUGUGGAAAGGAUCAUGAUGAAUUACACUUGCUGACCCUUGAAACCUGGUUGAACCAGACUGAUGUUACCUCAGACUUCUUGAUGGCCAACCAUGAGAUUUUGUGCAGUGAAGAACAUGAAGCUAUAGUACCUCUCGCACAGUCAACCUCUCUGGGGCAUGAUUUCAGGAAUCCACCAAUUCCAGCUCAAAAAGUGGAUUCUAGAGAUUAUGGAGAUGAUGAAGUUCACGAUCAGCCAGAGUUGAAGGAGAAAACUGAGUUCAACCUAUAUUUGAAAAACUCGGUCCAUACAAGAGAGUUCUUAGGCCAAAAUGCAGAAGGAACAAAAGGCCAACCAGUUUUUGUAACAGGACAGUGUUAUGUGGCACUGGAUGCAGUUAAACUGUUCUCAAAGCCCUGUUCAGAGUAAUUUAAUGGAGCAUGAGACUCUUAAUCUCAGGGUCAGGGGUUUGAGUACCACGUUGGGCAUUGCAGGGAGUUGGACUAGAUAACCCUCGUCUCUUCCAAUUCUACAGUUCUAUGAUUCACUGAAAGAAGCAUGAUGCUGCUGCUGCUGCUGCCUGAGUCAAGGAGAGUGUUGCAGACUUCGUUUAGCUGUGACCAUUAUUUAGGACAUGAAGUUCUCCGUCCUAUUUUCAACUGGCAUCAGGCAUUUGAUGGCUUUCCAUGGGCCACUGUUCAUUAGCAAAAACGAAGUAGUGUAAUUCAUAUGGAGGCACUAUAUUUCUCCCCCACAUCCUCUGCCCAAAGAAAGAGUGAUCAGAGAUGGAGGGGGUGGCGAUCUCUCUGCAUCCCAAACCUCUGUGGCCAUCAGAAUGUGGGGAGAAAGUCAACUGGGAAGCUUUGACACCAGAGGAUCGAAAACAUAUUUUUAAAAAUGUUCACAAUCCUCAAAGUGUUCUAGAAUACCGGAGCACCUUUUAAAAACCCUCUAAUGAUUUUAAUCCUAAUAUUUCAUACCUACCUGGUAAGCAUGGGAGCAUAGCUGAAUAGGCAGGGGGAGGGAAUCAAAGCAUGUAAUUGAAAAGUUAAAUGGAAUUUACUUCAAAGGAAAUAAUAAACAUGGGGCUGUAUCCCACAAAGUCAUACUCAGCAUAGAUCUAUUGAAGUCAAAAGGCUUAAGUUUCAGUGUGUCUCCUCUGGGUAUGACUUUAAAAUACCAUGGGUUGUAUACAACCAAGUAAAAAGAAAAGUAAAAGCAUUAAGGACAAAGUUCCUUAGGCAAAAAUCCUCUUCAAGUGACUGAUAUGGUACCUUAUUUGGAUAGAUACCAAAACGUACAUAGUACAAAUAUUCCAUUGUUUCAAUCCACCUUACUGUGGAGUCUUAUGUUACUUGGUUUGCAUAUAGGUAAAUGAAAAAACAAUGCAUUCCACUCCCGUUUCACAUUGGCUGUUUGAAUCUCAUGUUUCUUCUCAUAUGGGAAGACUUGUCAGGUUUGGCAAAAAAUGCUUUUUAGCCAAAGAAUUUGAAAACUAGCCAAGUUGUGGCUUCAGCCUUUCCUGUAGGUAGAGGAAUCACGACAGCAAUCCAACUUCAUUCAGCUUACUUGUCCAUUUGCAGCUAUUUGGCAUUAUUGGUUGCUAAACCACCAGUUUAAUAUCUUUAGGGCAUAUUGCUGAAUGUGAAAGCAUAUUAGGCUUUCCAGAAAGAAAAAGGACAACAGAGAGAAAAAGCUUCGAAAGAUCUAGUCAAAAUGAGAAGUAUGAUAGCUAUUUCUCCAUCCAUUAUGCAGCUCUUUUUCUAUUUCUAGCCCCCCCCCCCAGCCAAACCCUUUGUGGAAAUACAGGGCCCAUGCAUACCAAUUACAGCAUGUAGACCAGGAUUUUGGAACUUCUAGCCUUCUGUAUGUUGCUAGAAUCUAACUCUCUACACCCCCCAACAAUGUGGCCAGAGGUCACCAGCAUCUUCAGCACCACAGGUUCUCACACUUCUGAUGAAGAUAAUAUGAGCGCCAAGCCAAGUUCUGUAUCAUUUUUUGUAUUUUGCAGACUGCCUAGCAUACUGUUGGUGGUAGGUGUUCCUAAUACAGCAGCAAGGUGCAAGUAGAUGUUGAGUGGGUGAAAUGAGACAGUAUCACAAAUAAACUUCGUAGAUUAUAAUCCCCCACAAUUGCUGUUAGUUGUCCAAACAGAUGCUGAAAUGAUGAGCAAAGGAAGGGACUUGGAAUUUGUUCCAUCGCAUUUCCAAAUCAGGUGAUCACAACUACCAAAGCUGACCACACCAGCCACUUUUAGAGGUUAAGCACAUGGCAUGCAUCAGCUGUGGUGAUGACCUGGGUUCUAGGGAAACCAAAAAGCCUUUUUAUCCACCUACGCCGUAGCCAGGAGAUCUACAUGCCCUUUCUACAUGGCAGCCCUUUGUCGGUAUUCCAAUAUGGUGGAAGUGCUUCUUUUGGCAUCUAGACAGGUUGUACCUGCCCCUACUGCUCCACGCAGGAAGGUGUGAAUGGGGAUUGUAAGCCUGUUAAACUGUGCAGUCUGAAUUCCUGAUCUGGGGGAGGGCUUUCAUUGCAUUCAGCCUAAGAGGCUUACAAGCCCCUUUUAAAUUGUGUGAAAGUCAGAUGUGGAACUGGCAUGGACAGUCUCUGCUCACACAGUUAAUGAAUGCCUGACUAGUGCUUCAGUGGCUUAAGACCCCAGUCUCCAUCUGUCAAUGGAAACAAUAGUGAUGUACACUACAGAUUUACUGUGAGGACAAACAUCGAAAUUAUUAACAAACAUGGUAUAUAUUAAAAUGCUGCAUAAAUUGUUCAUAUACAAAGCAUUGAUAUAAGAUACAUGAACAAGAUCAAAUUUGUAAAUAUUGGUGUGAGACUUGUCAUUUAAUGUACCAUCCUACUCUGAGCUGCUGGAAAAAAAUGCCAAUUAAAGCAUUCAAUAGUC